GCCAUCUACAAAUUUAACUGAUAAACCUAAAAUGUGCAAGUCCAGAGUUUCGGCGAUUUUAAUAAGUUCUACUGCCGGAAUGAUUUGGGCAUUUAGUUUUCAAAUGACUGAAGCCGACUGUCAAACCUCRGUAUGGGGAGUACAACUCGCAAACCAUGUGAUGUCGAAUUUGACAAUCGGUGAUAUCGAUAGCUGUUACAGGACUUGUGCCGCGAAGCCGGGCUGCAGGAGUAUAAACUAUUACAGAGACAAGUCCCUCUGUGAGCUUAAUAGCCGAACAAUGGAGAACACGCCCCAAAUGACAGUCAUCAACGAAGACUCUGUGUACUUCAAGAUUCCAGAUGACGGAGGACAAAUAAUUGUGAUAUUUCCUCAAGCAAGUUUGCAAAACAAAGUUGUCCUAGAAAACUGGUUCGAAUAUUUGAAGGCCUAUACAGUAUGCUCAUGGAAUCAAGCAACAUCAAAACCUAAACAAGCACUUUUCAGCUACGCAACCUAUGAAAGUCAAAACGAAAUAUAUGUAGAACUCAAGAAAGAUUCGUCGACUACAUUUUUAAAAGUGUACCUAAUUGAUUAUACCGGGGAGGCGGUGUAUCCACUCGAURRUGACUGGCACCAUUUUUGCUUAACAUGGGAGAAUACUCUUGGAAAGUGGGAAAUAUACAUCGAUGGCGUCAUAAAAUCUGAAGGAAAAAAGAACCCAGGCAGAGUUYCUUCUGGAAGGGGUGUCGUUAUACUUGGUCAGGAUCAAGACUCGGUUAAAGGAGGCUUUGAGAAAAGCCAAAGCUACCAAGGCAAUUUGACCAACGUGAAUCUUUGGAACAGGGUCCUCUCAGCACAGGAGGUAGCUGACUUGUCUCGAUCAUGUUCCGUUGGAGAAGGAAAUGCUAUCAUGUGGUCAGACUUCAUUUCCAAAAUAGAAGGGAAUAUCGAGCUGCUUAAAGCUUAUCAUGGUUGUGGUAAAUAAAGUGUAACUUUCGUCAGCUUUGAUGAUCCKUCAAGACGUUUUUAAAGCACAUUAAGAAGCAUGCAGGCUAAUCAGUUGACUGGGGCAUGUAUUUAAAUUAGAUUAUUGUAUUAUUAUUUAAAUUUGGUACUUCACAAAAUUCACAAAUCUUAAAACUACAAAUCAAAAGACAGAAGCAUAUGUAUAUAAAUUAGAGAUGUUGAUAUUAGAGAUCAGUAACUUAACAUCAGUAACUUGACAACAGUAGCCUAACAACAGUGUAACCAACAAAAGUUACCUAACAACAGUAAGUCAAUAUUAGUUUGU